AAGAAGCAGAAGAAGACUGUAAGGAUGGCUGUUGGCAGGUGGACAAGAAGCGAGGAAAUGGCAUCGACCAAAGAGGAGCCGCAUCGGCAGCCGUGGGUAUCGCGGUGGCUGCCGGCCGCGGGGUGGCGCCAGUACGGCCUGUUCCUCACCGUCGUGUCGGUGACGUCACUGGCCUCGGCGGCGCUCCUCGCCUUCGCCAGCAUGACGCACCAUGAAGCUCAUCUUCAUGGAUUCGACAAUGAAGGAGGUAAAGGCGCUGCAGAAGAAGGACAGGACGAGAGCAUGGCAGUCAUAAGAAAGGCCUUCGAAGAGAGCUCCAUGGACCAACAAGAUGCACCGAUGAAGCCCUCUGCGUCGUCCAGCGUCAACUUGCUGUGCCGGUUCUCCGUGCGGUAUCGCCUGGGCAUCUACCCGUACGGCGUGUGUACGCACUUCAUCUAUGCCAGCGUGCCCAACAGAGCAAGGCUAGAUGACGAGGAUGUGCUCUACAGCUACGACAAGGAAGCGUUCAGGAAGUUCCUACACGUGCGUGAGCUGGCUCCCGAGGCCCGCCUCUUGUUCUCGGUGGAGUUGGCGGCCAUGUUGGACACGGGUUGGCCCGCGCAGCGCCUCGCCUCCGACGCCCGCGCCUGGCUCGGCCGUGGCGGCGUCGACGGACUCCACCUGGCCGGACUCGACCUUCUGCCUAGGAACAUGCCGAACAUCACCGGCAUCGUCACGGCUCUACGCAAAUCGUUCAAGAGGCAGUACCUGCUUUCCAUCGGCAUCGACCGCUCGCAGAGAGCGGUGGAGAAAGACCUGCUCAAGAUACUCAAGCUGGUAAACUUCGCAAGCUUUAAAACCUGCCACCUUCGCCACACGGACGACUACACCACGCUGACCAAUCCGUACAGCAAGUACGACAACAGCACCGCCGGCGAGUUCCUGGGCAACGAAGUGGACAAACUGGCCAAGCUGGCGGCGCGGACGCCAAGGUCCCGGCUCUGCUUUACCCUCGACCUGGGUGGCAACCAGUUCCUGCUUCAGGACGCCGAGCAUCACGGACUCGGAGCCCCGGCGAAGCACAUCAGGGACGCUUCCUAUGCCGAGAUCUGUAGGCGGAAGUGGACCGACGUGAGGUAUGUCGAGUCGGCCAUGAGCUUCUACGCACGCAGCGGCAGGACGUGGAUCGGUUACGAAACCGAGAAGACCGUCGCCGAAAAGGUGCAGCUGGCACUGCGAAGACACCCGAAAUUCUGCGUGAUGCUGGUGCAGGUGGACAAGGACGACUUGCGCGGAAUCUGCUCCGAGAAGCACUUCCCUCUCGCACAAAGCGUCAGGCAUGCCAUGCGCCUCUACGGCCGCCGCAAAAUGCGCGGUCCCGAAACAUCCUAAGCUCGGGACUAAGUGCAGUGCAGACCGUUCAGGCGCAAGCCGGCAAUAAAGCGCGCACGUUUAGAGGAAGGGGGAGUGGAGGGAGUGAUGUCCGUUUUCA